AAACUCUGUUGUUUAUUUUGAGAGUACAGAGAUUGAUAAUGACUAAGUGUGUUGUUCCUCUUUCUUUUGUUCAGAGCUGCAUUGGGCAUAGAGGAGCUGCUAAACUCUUCCAUUCCCGAUUAUAUAAAAAUGGGUUAGAAAAAGAUGUCUACUUUUGCAACAAUCUCAUCAAUGCUUAUCUUGAAACGGGUGAUUCUGUUUCUGCACGUAAGGUGUUUGACGAAAUGCCUCUUAGGAACUGCGUUUCUUGGGCGUGUGUUGUUUCUGGAUAUAGCCGUAAUGGAGAACAUAAGGAAGCUUUAGUGUUCUUGAGAGAUAUGGUUAAAGAAGGGGUUUUUUCAAAUCAGUACGCUUUUGUUAGUGCGCUUCGAGCUUGUCAGGAGUUAGAUUCUGUUGGGAUUCUUUUUGGGAGACAAAUUCAUGGCCUGUUGUUCAAACUUUCUUAUGCAGUGGAUGCAGUUGUUUCUAAUGUGCUCAUAUCAAUGUAUUGGAAAUGCGGAGGGUCUCUCGGUUAUGCUCUCCGUGCUUUCGAUGACAUACAAGUUAAGAAUUCUGUAUCAUGGAAUUCGAUUAUUUCGGUUUAUUCACAGACUGGGGAUCAGAGAUUUGCAUUUAAAAUGUUCUCUAGCAUGCAAUGUGAUGGUUCUAGACCAACUGAAUACACUUUUGGUAGUCUUGUAACUACUGCUUGUUCUUUGACUGAACCAGAUGUUCGUUUACUCGAGCAGAUCAUGUGCACCAUCCAGAAAUCUGGUUUUCUCACAGAUCUUUUUGUUGGCAGCGGACUGGUGAGUGCAUUUGCAAAGUCUGGCUCAUUGAGUUAUGCUAGGAAGGUUUUUAAUCAGAUGGAAACAAGAAAUGCGGUCACCUUAAAUGGUCUAAUGGUUGGUCUGGUGCGACAGAAAUGGGGAGAAGAAGCAACUAAGCUCUUUAUGGAUAUGAAUAGCAUGAUUGAUGUCAGUCCUGAGUCAUACGUGAUUCUCCUGAGCUCAUUUCCUGAGUAUUCUUUAGCUGAGCAAGUAGGUCUGAUAAAAGGCAGAGAGGUUCAUGGACAUGUAAUAACAACUGGCUUAGUUGACUUCAUGGUUGGCAUUGGAAAUGGCCUUGUUAAUAUGUAUGCUAAAUGCGGCUCAAUAGCUGACGCUAGACGUAUUUUCUGUUUUAUGACGGAGAAAGAUUCUGUCUCCUGGAACUCCAUGAUCACUGGUCUUGACCAAAACGGCUAUUUCCUAGAAGCAGUGGAACACUACCAAAGUAUGAGACGACAUGAAAUCUUGCCUGGAAUUUUCACACUGAUUAGUUCUAUAAGCUCAUGCGCGAGCCUGAAUUGGGCAAAAUUAGGACAACAGAUUCAUGGAGAAGGCCUCAAGUUGGGGAUUGAUUUGAAUGUUUCGGUUUCAAAUGCGCUUAUGACACUGUAUGCAGAGACCGGCUAUCUCAAUGAAUGCCGUAAGAUAUUUUCCUCCAUGCCAGAGCAUGAUCAGGUGUCUUGGAAUUCCAUAAUAGGAGCUUUAGCUAGUUCAGAAAGGUCAUUACCUGAAGCCGUGGCAUGUUUCUUGAAUGCGCUACGAGCAGGACAGAAACUUAAUAGAAUAACCUUUUCAAGCGUUCUUUCAGCCGUGUCAUCCCUUUCAUUUGGUGAACUGGGCAAGCAGAUACACGGGCUAGCUUUAAAGUACAAUAUUGUAGAUGAAGCAACCACUGAAAAUGCGCUUAUAGCUUGUUAUGGGAAGUGUGGGGAGAUGGAUGGGUGUGAGAAGAUAUUUUCUAGAAUGUCAGAGAGAAGAGAUGAUGUAACUUGGAACUCAAUGAUCUCCGGAUAUAUACAUAAUGAGCUCCUUGCCAAGGCCUUGGAUUUGGUCUGGUUUAUGUUGCAAACGGGUCAGAGAUUGGAUAGUUUCAUGUAUGCGACUGUUCUUAGCGCGUUUGCUUCUGUUGCAACGCUAGAGCGUGGCAUGGAAGUGCAUGCUUGUUCGGUGAGAGCUUGUUUAGAUUCUGAUGUGGUAGUUGGGAGUGCACUUGUUGACAUGUAUUCCAAAUGUGGAAGACUAGAUUAUGCUUUGAGGUUUUUUAACACAAUGCCUGUAAGAAAUUCAUAUUCUUGGAACUCUAUGAUUUCGGGCUUUGCACGACAUGGGCAAGGAGAAGAAGCUUUGAAGCUUUUUGCAAAUAUGAAGCUCGAUGGCCAAACACCACCUGACCAUGUUACAUUCGUGGGAGUCUUGUCAGCUUGUAGCCACGCGGGUCUGCUUGAAGAAGGGUUUAAACAUUUCGAAUCUAUGAGUGAUUCUUAUGGCUUAGUUCCUAGGAUUGAACACUUCUCAUGUAUGGCUGACUUGCUAGGCCGUGCAGGUGAACUCGAUAAGUUGGAAGAUUUCAUCAAUAAAAUGCCAAUGAAGCCUAAUGUUCUCAUCUGGAGGACUGUUCUUGGGGCUUGUUGCAGAGCAAAUGGUCGAAAAGCAGAAUUAGGAAAGAAAGCAGCAGAAAUGCUUUUUCAAUUGGAGCCAGAAAAUGCUGUAAACUAUGUGCUACUUGGUAACAUGUAUGCUGCUGGAGGAAGAUGGGAAGAUUUAGUAAAGGCGAGAAAGAAAAUGAAAGAUGCAGAUGUGAAAAAGGAAGCUGGUUAUAGUUGGGUCACCAUGAAGGAUGGAGUCCAUAUGUUUGUUGCUGGGGAUAAGUCACACCCAGACGCGGAUGUGAUCUACAAGAAGCUCAAGGAGCUCAAUAGAAAGAUGAGAGACGCAGGUUAUGUGCCACAGACAGGAUUUGCCUUGUAUGAUCUAGAGCAAGAGAACAAGGAAGAGAUUCUGAGCUAUCACAGCGAGAAGCUAGCUGUAGCUUUUGUUCUCGCAGCCCAGGGAGCUCUACGCUGCCAAUCAGAAUAAUGAAGAACCUCAGAGUUUGCGGUGAUUGCCACUCUGCCUUCAAGUAUAUAUCAAAGAUCGAAGGGAGACAGAUAAUCCUAAGGGAUUCAAACAGGUUUCAUCAUUUUCAAGAUGGUGAAUGUUCGUGUAGUGAUUUCUGGUGAUACCAUGAGUCUCAAAGGUGAGUUGUGCGUUUGAAGAGCUGCAAGUGCCGCCAAAAGAUGGAUUUGUCUGUUCGCAAGGUUUACAAUAAUGAGGUGCUCAUGUCUUACAUAAAAUGAUCUUUAGCUCUCUGAACGAUCACACUUGAUUCUGAAUGUAGAUGGAGGUUUAUGGCUUAUGUUGUUAAUGAGGCUCUAAGAGUCUCUUUGUCUUGAAUUAGACGAUAAAAUUAGGACUUAUUU